CUGGGACUUUCCUUUAUUAUUAACUAAAGAACAUUCUUACCAUUAUCCAGCUGAGAGCACCCAGUUUGUAGGUUCUCUGUGGGGAGAGUGAAUAAAGCUGGUCAGUCUAGGUGAAGCUGUCAUUUCUGUCUAUAAUGAGAGCCUGAAGCUGCACAGCAGCAGCUGGAAAAACAGAUGUGAUGUGAAGGAAGACUGCAAAUUGAAAUCAGCAAGGAUAAUCUAUGUAGAAGCCACCAGGAUGAAAAGAAGCUCAUGUGGGUCUCUCAGAACCAAUGAAUCUCCAACUUGAUAAUGGGAGCAAUUGGCUGGGUUCUAACUGAAAACUCAGACCAAGAAAUAGCAAUACACUUACAACUGUUAAUACCGUCAAACUCACCCGGAUGCCCUAAGGGUACAGGCAGAGAAUGAGCUAUUACGGCAGCAGCUAUCGGACCGUGAAUGCAGACUGCAAAUACCCAGGCUACCCCCCGGAACACAUCAUAGCUGAGAAAAGAAGAGCAAGAAGAAGGCUUCUCCACAAGGAUGGAAGCUGCAAUGUGUACUUCAAGCACAUUUUUGGAGAAUGGGGGAGCUACGUGGUCGACAUCUUCACCACUCUUGUGGACACCAAAUGGCGCCAUAUGUUCAUCAUAUUUUCCUUAUCUUAUAUCCUCUCCUGGUUGAUCUUUGGCACCAUCUUUUGGCUGAUAGCCUUUCAUCAUGGAGAUCUGCUAAAUGAUCCAGACAUCACACCGUGUGUUGACAACGUCCAUUCUUUCACAGGGGCAUUUUUGUACUCCCUUGAGACCCAAACCACCAUAGGAUAUGGUUAUCGCUGUGUCACUGAAGAGUGCUCCGUGGCAGUGCUCAUGGUGAUCCUUCAAUCCAUCCUAAGUUGCAUCAUAAAUACCUUCAUCAUUGGAGCUGCCUUGGCCAAAAUGGCAACUGCACGUAAAAGAGCCCAAACCAUCCGUUUCAGCUAUUUUGCACUCAUAGGCAUGAGAGAUGGAAAACUUUGCCUUAUGUGGCGCGUUGGUGAUUUCCGACCAAACCACGUGGUAGAAGGAACAGUUAGAGCCCAGCUUCUCCGCUACACAGAAGAUAGUGAAGGACGGAUGACAAUGGUGUUUAAAGACCUGAAGUUAGUCAAUGACCAGAUCAUUCUGGUCACACCUGUGACUAUUGUUCAUGAAAUCGACCAUGAGAGCCCUCUGUAUGCCCUUGAUCGCAAAGCAGUUGCCAAAGAUAACUUUGAGAUUCUGGUGACAUUUAUCUAUACUGGGGAUUCCACUGGGACUUCCCACCAAUCUAGAAGUUCCUAUGUUCCCCGAGAAAUUCUCUGGGGCCAUAGAUUUAAUGAUGUCCUGGAAGUUAAAAGGAAGUAUUACAAAGUGAACUGCUUACAGUUUGAGGGAAGCGUUGAAGUAUAUGCCCCCUUUUGCAGUGCCAAACAACUGGACUGGAAAGAUCAGCAGCUCCACAACAUGGAAAAAACACCGCCAGUCCGAGGAUCCUGCACGUCAGACACCAAGGUCAGGCGAAGGUCAUUUAGUGCAGUUGCUAUUGUCAACAGCUGUGAAAAUCCGGAGGAGACCACUUCUGCCACAGAUGAGUGUAAGGAAGCACCUUAUCAGAAAGCUCUCCUGAGUUUAAAUAGGAUCUCUGUAGAGUCCCAAAUGUAGUCUUGAAUUGUAAUUACGAGAGCUCCCUUCUAUCAUUUUUCCUGCAGCCUAUCACCUUAAGUCAAGUAGCUGUAAACAUGGCUCUUUGAGAAUCAAAUUAAAAAAAAUUAUAUAUAUAUAUAUAUAUAUAUAUAUAUAUAUCGCUAUGUUUUAUGGUGAAGGUUGGUACAUGGAGUAGAUUUAACCUGGUUAAAUGUCAUCUAAAAUAAUCCAUAUUUUUCAAUUAUUAAUUUGUUUUUGCCAGAACAUUUUGGAUUAAAAAUGCUAUUAAGAAGUUCAGUUGAUGACAUUUUAUCUCCUUUUAUUACCUUAUAUACUUGUAUCUUCAAUUAGAGGUACAGUAUUCAGUAAUGGGGAACAUAGACAGGAUGCCGGAAUAAACAGCAAGGUAGGCAAGCCGGCAUGAAUACUUAAUUCUUAAAAUAUAUCAAAAUUGAUAUUAUAAUGAAUGCUUUCCUAUCAAUAGCAUCACAUCAUCUAAUCAAGACAUGCAGAAUGUACCUUCAGUAGAUUGUCAUGUUGAGCAUUUAACUGUGAAAUCAACUGGCUUGUUAGAGCAACUCUGUUUGCCUCGUUCAGUGGCUUGGCAGAGGUGGCGGCUACAAGAAACUCACAAUGCCACCAGUUCAGACAGUUGUUUCUCACUACCGCUUGGCCCAGUAAUGAUCACUGAGUGCUAGAAGCUAUGUUUUGUCUCACCUAUGAGACAGAAGAAAAGUUGUCAUCAUUAUUUAGAGCAAUGCUUUUCUCUGAAUGCCCCGGUUGACUCCAAAAAGUGGAGGGCAGAAAUAGGGCAACCUACCUUUCUAGGUUCUCUACCAAAGGGCCUUCCUGUAUCUAUUUGCCAUCUUCUUCAAGGACUCAAGGAAGGAACCGAAUAAUGGAAAUGGAAUGAGGGAAAGGGGAGUAGCCACAAACCAUCACAGGCCCUUUGGAAGAAGCGUUGGGCUAUGUCCUGAAAGACUGAAACUGGGCUGUGUUAUAAGGUACAGGGGUGGGAGGGCCGCUUACCUGUACCUCAGUGUGGUUACAUGUGCUUCCUGUCUUGAUCAUCUGACAAGAUAUGAAAAAUCUGAGUUGCAGAUUUUAAGAAACGCCUUCAUUGAACAUGGAACAAUCAUUUAAAUGGAAGAUUUGGGGCAGUACAGUACAAAGAAGGUGAUUUUAAUAUACUUUAAGUGGGUAAUCUGCAUGCUAUGUAAUUGCUUCAAUUUUAGGACAGGAGAGAAAUAUGCAUAUUCUAUUUCCAUGUUAAAAGAUGUUAAUCAUGAUUGUGUUAUGCAUAACUCCAAACAUCUCUGUGUGAAGCCUUAUAAAUUGAAGAGUUAUUUACCA